UCCCCAACCAGAUGAUGAACUUCAGCAACGUAGAACUUGGCUCGUUCCGCGGUGCCCAGGAAUGUGACCAGGCAUCCGCAUUUGGCGGCGACUUCGACUUUGGCCAUUCCUGCUUCACCCACUACGGCUGUCCCAGCGACAUGAGCGACAAAGCCGUCCGAGGACGGGGUAACCUCUCCACCAGCCGGAUUACUCGCUGCGCCCAAAGUCCACGCCAAGCCCCAGUGGUCCACUCACCCAGGACAAACUGUGCCUUUCGCCCGAUCUUUCACGAGAGGAGCACUCACGAGGACGACCAGGUGCUCACCCAAGAACUGUGGAAGCUGGCGCGGAAAUCGGGCACCCUGAAUCUUUCCAACAAGGCAUUGGCCAGAGUGCCCAAGCGACUGUACGACAUUAACGAGGCGGAUGCGGACAGCAAGGCCGUAAAUCUAGAGGAACUAACGAUUAAGGAGGAGGAUGCCUGGUGGAACCAAGUGCCAUUGAACAACCUGGACCUGAGCUCAAACACCUUAACGCACAUAUCGCCAAAGAUUGAGAAUCUGCAAUCACUUACCGUGCUUACGCUGCACGAUAAUGCUUUGGUGGAGUUACCACCGGAGAUCGGCAAGCUGGAAAAGCUAAUGCGUCUUAAUGUGAGCCACAACAAGCUCAGCCAGCUGCCCCGUGAGAUGUACAGUCUACCGGAGCUGCGGCACCUCAACAUCUCGUACAACGAGUUCGACGAACUCAAUCCGGACAUCAGUGACCUUCACAUGCUUGAGUUUUUGGACGGUGGGCAUAACAAUAUUCAAUCCCUGCCCGGCGGCAUUGGGUUCCUGGUGCGUCUAACUGCGCUCUUGUUGCCCAAUAAUCACAUCAAGGAACUGCCGCCCGAUCUUGUUAACAUGCGCUCUUUGCAAAAGAUUGAUCUGAUGCAUAACGACCUGACCAGCUUGCCGGAGGAUAUGGGCCUGUUGAGAAAGCUGGAAUGCCUUUAUCUGCAGCAUAACGACAUACUGGAACUGCCCGAGUUCGAGGGAAACGAGGCCUUGAGCGAGCUACACGCCAGCAAUAAUUUCAUCAAGAUCAUACCAAAAGCUAUGUGUAGUAACUUGCCACACCUGAAGAUACUGGAUUUGCGUGACAAUAAGAUCACGGAGCUGCCCGACGAGCUGUGCCUGCUGCGCAAUCUAAACCGUCUCGAUGUGUCCAAUAAUACGGUCAGCGUGCUGCCGGUCACAUUGUCCUCCUUGGCCCACCUGAUAAGUCUGCAGGUGGAGGGAAAUCCCAUAAAGACAAUCAGACGCGACAUCCUGCAGUGUGGCACAACGCGGAUCUUAAAGACUCUGCACGAUAGAGCUAUGGCCAAGGCCAAGGAAGAGGGAGGUGGCAUUGACGACGCCUCCACGUCAGCGGGCAUCAGUGUUACCCGUUUGCGUGGUGGCCAAAUGGACGAUGGUGAUAUACCCGGAAACUUUCCGGAUAGCUUUCACCACCAGCAACAGCAGAACGGAUUCCAAUGUCAUUGUCCAUAUCCAUGCCAGCAGCAGCAAAUGCAGCAGCAGUUUUGUGUGUAUGAACCGCUCAGAAAUUGUCAGCAAUAUGAUCGCCAGACCCAGGGGCACAUAUAUGAUCCCGAAAACUACCAGCAGCAGCAUCAGAAUGCCAGCUUGAGAUCACUUUUUGUGCAACAGCAACAGCAGCGAAUGGAGUAUCCCUAUCCAGGUUGCUUUAUGUACCAACAGCAGCAGCAACAGCAGUUCUCAUAUGAACAGGAUCCAUCCUCUCGCUCAGCUGUCCAUCCACGUUGGGUAUACAAACUACGACAUACACGUACAUUAGCUGUCAAUCUGGAGGAGCUCACGUCAGUGCCUGACCAGGUGUUCCAGAUCGCCAGGGAUGAGGGAGUGCAUGUGGUGGACUUUGCGCGCAACCAGCUGAGCACUUUGCCCAAUGGACUGCAGCACAUGAAAGAUCUAGUCACGGAGCUAGUUUUAUCCAACAAUGUUAUCGGCUAUGUGCCACAGUUCAUCUCCCAGUUUACACGUAUAUCUUUCUUGAAUUUGUCAAACAAUCUGUUGAAUGACCUGCCCACGGAGUUUGGUGUUUUGAACACACUGCGUGAACUAAACAUUGCAAACAAUCGCUUUCCGUGUAUUCCCAACUGUGUGUACGAGUUGCAAGGUCUGGAGAUCCUCAUUGCCAGUGAGAACCACAUAAAAAUGUUAAAUGUAUCGGGUCUGCAGAACAUGCGACGUUUGAGCACAUUGGAUUUGCGCAAUAACGAUAUUGAGACAGUGCCACCAAUUUUGGGGAACCUGACAAACAUAACUCACUUGGAGCUGGUGGGCAAUCCUUUUCGACAGCCCCGCCACCAAAUCCUGAUGAAGGGCACCGACGCCAUCAUGUCUUAUUUGCGCGAUCGCAUACCCACAUAGAAGAGCAAUUCACAUCGUUUUCUGAGAAACACUUCACUAGCAAUAUGUUUAUUUUGAGGAAUAGCGUAAUGGAAAUUGAUAGAUCCGCUCGAUCAUGCCCACAAACAAUCAGUCUAUGCGUUGGCUGUUUGUGGACAUGGACGAGAGGAGGCGUUACAAGUACAACAUACGACACACACCGUGCAUCAACCAACCGAACUAGUCUGCAUGCCACAUUACCUAAUGCACGUUGUUAAUCCUGGCUGAGCAUCUGCAAUAAAUGGGAAUAGUAGGGAAAAAA